ACAUAUUCCAGUUCACAGUUACUGGGCAAUAUCCAGUCCACAUUUCAAAUAGGUCAUAAGGUUAAUCAGUUAAUCAGUGUCAGGUCAAUAAUGCCAGUGCAUAUUGCAUCUGAACACUUCAGGAAUAAAACGUCAGUAUGACAUGGCAGGCCGGGAAUCAUGUCUAAGGAGGGAAUUCAGUCUUCUAAGAUUGAUCACAAAAAGAUGUGACUUCUAAUGUUUGGCUUGAUGAGUACUAUUCAGGCAUCUUUUUUGUGUCUUAAUGGUACAAAUUUUCAAGAGACUAAAUUGAUAGUCAUGGACUUUUAGAGAUGAAUGCUGAAGAAAGUAACCUGCAAAGUACAAAUAUGAAUUACAAUGAAUCUGAAGCUACUUGUGGAAUAGUCCCUCAAAGUCAGGACUGCACAGAUGAACUACAUAAUUAUGGUGAAGAUGGUGAAAGUGAUGUAGAACUCGUUAUUGACGAUUAUACGAAGGGUGUGUCAUCAGUAAAUAAACAAGUGAACCAGCCAGACCAAAGUGACCUACAGUCUCAGCGCAAAAUUCGUCGCAAUGGCAAUCGCACAGAUGGUCACCAGAAGAUGGAUCAUGCCAAGAAAUGGCUUCUCAGCAUGAUGUUUGUUAGUAGUACAAUGUCUGCUGUUUCUCUUGGAUCUAUAGAAGAUGCCUAUAAAGAUCACUGUGAACAAUCUGGUCUGGAGCCACUAUCUACCCCUGUAUUGGCUCGCUUGAUACAUGGCUUAUUUCAGGAUGCUGAAAAGUGCCGUUUGGGUCCUCGUGGUAACCAAAAGAGUCAUUACCGUAAGCUUGCAUGGAAAACUGGAGGCAAAGAUUUGCCUCAGAAUACAAUCAGUGAAGAUAAUCUCGAUCAACUAGAAGACAAGAUUCUUACAAAUGAUAAUGCACAAAAUUUAGAGGAUUCAGUCCCUUUAAAACCUUUAAACCUCUCUCAUAAGUCAUUGGCUCAGCAGAAUAUUGUCAGUGAAGGAAAGCAAAAAGGACUGAAAGAAGAAGAAACAUGUCAGAUGAAGAGCAUUCAGAUCAUUCAGUCAAAAGAAAAGAAAAUACAAGAGCAAGAAGUGACAACAUCUGAAAAAUCUAACAUCCACUUGGAACAGUCACAAAUGGCUAAGGAUAACAGCAAAGAAGGAUGUGAAACAGCUGCCAAAAAGUUGUCACAAGUCAUGAAGUGGAUCAACAGUCAAGGCAGGAAAGAUAUUUUAUUGAAAGAUUUUGCCCAUAGUGCAUCUUGCAAGGAAGAGUCAUGUUCACAUUUGUGCAUGAUGUUCCGUCGUGUGCGUCGCCAUGUUGUUGCUGCUCGGCAUUCUUGUAUGGUUCUAAGACUCUACUCAGUACUUCUUCGCUUACAUGUUUCAUCAUGCGUUGACUCACAGUGUGGAUUACCUGCCUGCCCUGCAUUAAGGGCAACCAUAUCUACAAAGCGUACCAAUAAUGGUCAAGAGAGCUCACCAAAGCGAACUGCUUGGCAAGUUCCUGGUCGACAAAUGCCAUCGGCCAGGCCAAUAUUUCAACCCCGAUCCCCGGGAGGGUCAUUACCUGGUUCACCAGUCAAUUCUCCUCCACCCAGCCCUGAUGCGCUUGAUUUUGGCCAGUGUUUACCAUUAAACUCAGGGUCAGUACAUUACAUGAUUGUACCAGUUUUAAUGCCUUCUGCAAGCAAUGGAGUAGCUUGAUAAUCCAUGCAGCAUUGGAACAGCCAUGGCUCUACCAGGAAGAAUAAUAAUCAUAUCAUAUAGGGAAAAUGAUAGAAUGAUAGAGUGUUGGUUACAGUAAUUCAAUAGUUAUAUGAUAUAUAAGAAAUUUACUUGAUACAUUUUACUUUAGUUAAAUGUUUUGUGCAGAUAUGAACAUUUAUUUCAUAUAUUCUGUUAGGUAUUUUUGUUCCAUUGCAUAAACAUUUUCUCAGAUUCACAACAUUGUAAUGAAAGUGCACUUUACUGCAAUGGAAUAAUGUUAAAUAUGUAGAAUCAGGAUUAUUUGUGUAACUGCAAUAGUUUAUUCAGAAGAUUACUGUUGAAAAAAAAUUUUACCAGUA